AUGCUCGAGCGCGGACUCUUGUCUCGCAUUCUUUAUCCUGCUCCAGAGCCGAGCUACGACCUUGACAGUUUUCCCAACGAGCUUGUGUGGGUUCCUAAACGAAGUUCCCUGGAUGGUGACGCUCCACCGGUGGGAGUGGAGAGUGUGCCAUGCUUGUUGAUGACAUAUCCUUACAGCCGGUAUCUGGUACUGUUCUUUCACAGCAAUGCCGAAGAUUUGGGCCGGUGCUACUCGUUUUGCCACUUAUUGCGCGACAAGUUCCAAGUGCACGUUCUGGCUGUAGAGUAUCCUGGAUACGGCCUGUGCCCAGGUGUGGCCACUGGCAAAACUGUGAUGGAGAAUGCGUUGUCCGCCUUGCAUUUUGCAACGCAGAGCUUGUGUUGGCCGGUCGAUAGCAUAAAGAUAUUUGGCAGAUCAAUUGGCACAGGACCCGCCGUGAAAUUGGCAUCGCUGUUUCGUUUUGCUGGAGUAAUCCUGGUCACGCCCUUCCUUUCAGUAGCAGACCUCUUUAAGGAUAGGGUGGGUCUAUUGUCUGGGCUGGUUGAAGAGUGGUAUCCGAACUUUGAACUUGCUUCAAAAAUAGCAAGCCCGGUCUUGCUCAUUCAUGGUAAAGCGGAUGACAUGAUUGCGUUUCGCCAUGCUGAAAUGCUAUACAGUGCAAUCCCUUCACGGAAGCUGCUGGUGUCACCGACCUCGCUUUCACACAACACAAAUUUGAUGAAUGACAUGAACUAUUUGGUGUUGCCGGCCACUCACUUCUUUUCGCUGCCGGACUAUGUCUUCCACGAUAUGCGGGUGCCGCAUUGGGCCUUCGAUGUGCAGCGCGCAGCGUCACGCGCGGCGUCGCGCAGACCUGCGUGGUCCACGCUGCUUGAGCGCGAGGGCAAAGCUAUCCUUCAGUUUGGCCAUCAAGUCACGGCCAAGUCACAUUUUCUGCUGGCAGGCAAGAUGCAAGUCUCGUCCUUGGCUGGCUGUUGUGGGUCAGGCCAUGUGGCAUCCAGUGUAUGGCCGUCCAUCUUAGGGGUGGACAGCUGCUGCAGUCGGGCAGCGGUCGAUCAGCAUGAGACGGCAGAGAGCACGCAGGUCGGCUAUGACCUGGGCGCCAUGCACGUGUGCGAAACACAGCGCAGCUCGGACCCCUGGAGCGAUCCGAUCCAGCCGAUCGCCGUCUCCAUGCCUCUGGCACAGUUUCGGCAAGAGGACUUUCAAGAGGAGCAGGAGGAGGUGGAGCUGUUUGAGCACGCUGGCGCAGUGUGCUUGCGCAGGGACAAGCCUGAGUCCAUAUCCGUUUGA